UUUUAUUGGCAGUUGUAUACACUAGUUACCAUCAACUACAGGGUAAUUAUACCACGUCACAUGACAGACACCGACCUCGGUGCCUACCUUUACCAAUCUGUAAGCAGCUGUUUACAGACAAGCAGCGAUCCUGGUGGGAUGCAGUCUAUAACCUUACACAUAAGAUGGCUCAGCCGGGUACUGCAACAAAACUUCGUCUUGUAAUACAGCAUGAACUUAACACACUGCGAGUCUUGGAAAAACAUGGUCUGCAACCUGCUCUUCUCAUACAUUGGGCAAGAAGUCUUUGCACUACAGGUAAUAAUUUGAAUUCGUUUUAUGACCAAAGGGAUUACAUGUUCCGCUGUAUUCACUAUUGGAAGAAAGUGUUGCCUUUGCUGGACCUGGUCAAGCAGAAGAAGAGCAUUCCUGAGCCAGUAGACCCGCUCUUCAAACAUUUCCAUAGUAAAGACAUAAAGCUUUCUGAGGUUAGAGAUUUAGAAGAUGAAGCUGGCAUUGCAUUUGCAAGAGUUGAUAUUAUUGAAGGAAAAAUUGAUGAUGCUAUUUUAGCUCUGGAAUCCAUUAAGAGUGUUCAUUCCUGCUGGCAUCUUGCUUUG